AAAAUAUCGUGCGAAUGCGUGUGAGUAGACCUUAAUUAGGUUCUCUUUCUCGUGAAAAACUCAAAAUGAAAUACAUAAAAGAUUUUUAAUUAAUUUAUCGCCAUGAAUAAAAAAGUAACGUGAAUUAAAAAUGGAUAGUUGUAAAAGAUAUAUAAAAUCUACAAAACAAUAACAUAAUAUAUAGACAAUAAUGUUUUAGUGUAAGAAACAACAUUUGUUUAUUUCAUAAACCCAUUUUGUGUAUGCAUUGACAUACAUGUCCAUUUGAGACAAAUACGACAUCAUAAAAAAUACUUUUUCGUGUAAAAUGUUUUUGGGAAUUUCUUUAUAUCCUUAAAAUGGACGGAUGGAUUUUCGAUGUGCAGUUGAGCCUACUCAUGCAGCUAAAGUUUUGACACAAUAAUGUGGCAAAUUUCAAAGUACAUCGCCAUAUUCUCUUCACAACUAGCAAAAGACUGAAUUCAUAAUAUAAAAUAAUAAGAUUUUACUGCCAAUUUAUGAACAAUUAUCCGAAUAUUUGAGGCGUAAUGAAUUGAAUAGAAAAAUAUUUUGAAAAAUAACUCAAACGUCAUUAAUUUGUAUAUGGAAAAGUUGAAAGGAAACCAUAUUGCCUCAUUACAAAUAUAAAGAGAGUUAGCACGAAAUUAAAUUUAGAAACAAACAAAAAUUUACUGUAUAUAUGCAUUUUUUAUUAUUACAACUGUAUUAUUAGUUAAGGAAGAGAAUAUAAGUAUUUAUAAGAUUAAGCAUUUAAUUUUUAUAAUAUAUGUAUAUAAGGAGUUACAUAGAAAUAUGACGUUCGAAACGACAAGCUAUAGUAAAGAUAAAUCGAGAUCUGUUUUAUUUUAUGAAAUCAAAUUUAAAAGGAAAAUAAUAACUAACACAGAAUGUUCCCCUCUAAACGCACGUCAAAGAAAAACAAAUAUCUUUUUUGGUUUUCCUAUACGAAUACUGUUGUACGGAAUACAUUGGUUGAUCCUGUGGUCUUCAAUCGUAGCGGUAGUGGUAGAGUGUUUGGGAGCACAGCAUACAACUAAAAAUUGGAAUUCUACACAAACUCAAGUAUUUUCAUCUGGCGAAAUCGUCGCUCAAUUUACCUUACCUCAGAUAACAACAGGUCAUGGUGAGAAACAAUCUGUUACUUCACUUGAUGGACUGCCAACCACCUCAACUAUUACGUCAAGUACUGGAAAUUAUUCAUCAACUGGAUCAUCGUCUACUACAACUGCAAAUGGCAGUUCAAAGAAUUAUCUAACACAUUUGGCGUACGAUUACAAACGUAAUGUUUUUUAUGCGGGAGCAACAAACAAAAUUUUACAAUUAAAUGAAAAUCUAAGAGUGUUGUCGCAAGCCUUAACGGGCCCCAAAAACGAUUCUCCUCAGUGCCAUGCCAGCGGUUGUUCGGAAGAUGUUGAGACUUCACUCGUAAAUAAUCACAAUAAGAUUCUUAUUGUGAGCUAUUCUCAAGGGGAUGGCAUAUUGAUUGCCUGUGGUAGCGUGCGUCAAGGGGCCUGUGAUAUAUAUAAUUUAGCACGGUUUCCAAAAAAUCCACUAUUCAUCGAUAUACCUUUGGCGGCGAAUGAUGAGUUUGCCUCGACGUAUGCCUUUGUCGGACCUGCAAAGUAUUCGUGGAAAAAGGAAGAUAUUUUGUAUGUCGGUACAACAUUUACCAAUGUGGGAGACUACAGACAUGAUGUACCUGCGAUAUCUUCGAGACGUCUAGAGGAUUUAAACUAUGCCGAAUUCGAAAUCAAACAAUCUAUUAUAAAUAUUGAUGUUAAGUAUAGAGACCAUUUUCUGGUCGAUUACGUUUAUGGGUUCAAUUCAUCAGAGUACGCCUACUUUACUAUAGUUCAAAAGCGUUCUCACUUGGCCGAAGAAGCUGGAUAUGUUACACGCUUGGCGCGUAUCUGUAUUACCGACUCAAACUAUGACAGUUAUACCGAAAUUACCAUACAAUGUUUGGCUACGCAUAAUAAUGUUGAUUAUAAUAUUUUACGUGAUGCUAAAAUUACUGAAGCCGGUCAAAAGUUGGCCCAACAAAUGGGUAUCAAAAGAGGUGAACAUGUUUUGGUAGCAAUUUUUUCACCUUCCCGCGAAAUAACAAAUCAGCCUCAAGAUAAAUCUGCGAUGUGUAUUUACAGCCUAAAAGAAAUAGAAGAAGUAUUCAACGAGAAUAUACAUCUAUGCUUUAAUGGCACAAUAAAGGAUCGUAAUUUGGGAUAUAUAUCGGGCACGAUAGAUGACGGCCGCUGUCCUGGUACAACUGGCAAUGUGUACAGCUUUUGUAAUGUUGGACUUAAAAUAAGUGGAGUUUCACCCAUAUCGUCUCAUGCGCUAUUCCACUUUGAUAAUGUUUCUAUAACAUCUGUAACGGCAACUACAACUGGACCACAUUCAUUAGCUUUUCUCGGUACAGACAAGGGUCAAAUAAAAAAAGUAUUGAUUUCUGGUCAUCAUCCUGGUGAAUAUGAAGAAAUAAUGGUAGAUUCGGGUAACCAAAUACUGCAGGAUACUAUGAUGUCACCUAAAAAAGAUUUUCUCUAUGUGCUAUCUAAACAUAAGAUAACCAAAAUACGAAUUGAACAUUGUUCUGUUUACACGAACUGUUCUUCUUGCCUUGAGUCGCGCGACCCCUUCUGUGGUUGGUGUUCUUUGGAGAAGCGUUGUACCGUGCGUUCCACAUGUCAAAAGGAUACUUCUGCUGCUCGUUGGUUAUCAUUAGGCAGUGGUCAACAAUGUAUUGAUUUUGAGUCAAUAUCACCCGAUAAAAUACCUAUUACAGAAGUCACGCAAGUGCAACUAACCAUUCGCACUUUACCAGAGCCAUUCAAUGGGAAGUAUCGUUGUGUAUUCGGCAAUUCGACGCCCAUAGAUGCUGAAGUUCUUGAAAAUGGAUUAUCGUGUAUGACACCACCAUUGUCCCAACGACCGCUUAUUGCACCGAAUACGGAUCAUGUUUUAGUUCCAUUGUCUGUACACAGUUCGGAAACAAACAAAGAUUUUGUCACACGGUCGUUUGCUUUUUUUGACUGUUCACGACACAGUACUUGUCAAACCUGUGUACACAGUUCGUGGGAUUGUAAUUGGUGUAUUUAUGAUAAUAAAUGUGUGCACAAAAUGCAGCAAUGUCGUAACUUGGAGAAAGUUAUUGUUAAAGAGUUGGAAUGUCCUCAUUUGAAAAAGACCGAAGAACCAAUACUAUUGCCUGUACGAGUUCCAAAGGAAAUACGUUUCGAAAUUGAGAACCUGCCGAAACCAAAGAAUGCUCAUUCAGGUUUUUUGUGUACCGUCCAAAUAGAAGCAGCUCAAAUGUUAUUACCGGCUCGUAUUGAAAACAACCGAAUAGUGGUGUGUGAAAAAACACCAUAUUUCUAUGAAACAAAUACAUAUGAAUAUCAAGCUAAAGUGGAUAUCACCUGGAAUCGCCAACAUUACAUAGAUACGGCCAUUGUUACACUGUACAAAUGUGAUGUGCUGGGAUCACAUCGUGAACAUGCCGAUUGCAGUUUAUGUGUUACGAGAAAUCCGAUAUACCAAUGUGCCUGGUGUGCGAAUUCGUGUGUCUACAACGAAUCGUGUUCGACAAUAACGUCACUAAAUAAUAAUUUAGACAUGGACGUAUCAUCGUCAUCAUCAUCACUACUGUUGCCUUCAACCCAUAACUUUGAGUUGUCAAAAUUUAAUGAAUGUCCUAGACCUCGUAUAGAUAUGAUUAAACCAUUGUUUGGUCCUAUCGAAGGUGGUACUCUUGUAACAAUUGAAGGUAGUAACCUGGGUAUACGAGAAGAAGAUGUAAAGGGUAAAAUAUCCAUAGGAUCUGUACCUUGUGAAUUGGUCAAUUAUGAAAUUUCGGUUAAAAUCGAAUGCCGUACGGGUGCCGUUAGUCAUGAGCUAACUGCACCCGUCAAAGUUUUCAAUGAUGCCGGCUUUACCGAGUCUAGUGUACAAUUUCAAUUUAAGGAUAUACAAUUGAAUGGUUUAACACCAACCGUGGGUCCUAAAUCCGGUGGCACUAAGAUUACUUUAAUGGGUAAAUAUUUGAACAUCGGUUCAAACAUACGUGCAUUUUUAGAUGAGUAUGAAUGUCAUAUAAAUAUGAUACAGGCCUCAUCAUCACGCUUAACAUGCAUUACUUCGGAGGCUACGCAACCCGAACCAAUCAGAAUUUUGCGCCUAAUGGUCGAUGGAGCCAAUCGCACAUACACAUGCCAAUUGCCCCAGCUACAACAGAAUAUGCGCUCACUUUAUGAUCAACAAAUUUUGUUUCAUAAUAAUUACCAUUACAAUUUGCCCUCUCUUCCAAUGCCCUGCUCAAUAUUCAAUUACACCCAAGAUCCCACCAUUAUGGAGAUUAAACCAUUACGCAGUUUUGCCAGCGGUGGUCGGCUCUUGACAGUGCAUGGCAUGUAUUUAGAUUCAAUACAAAAACCAGAACUAGAAGUGUUUUAUGAAGGUGAACGCCUAAAUAAGACUACUUGCGCCGUUAUAAAUUCCAGCCAAAUGGAAUGUCCAUCACCGGCAGUAUCUCGAAAGUUUUUAGCAUAUAAAAACACUUUAGACCAACAAAGAGAUAUUGUCCGCCAUAAUCAAGCUACUGCAUCAUCUUCAUCACUUCCAUCCAGUUAUAAUUCCCCAAGCAAGCGAAAUGUUCUUUAUAAUAGUGAUAUGUCUUAUAUUUAUAGUACAACCGGAAAUAUUAAUAAUAACAACGAUGGUUUUUAUCAAGCCCAGGAUGUGGCGGCUUUUGUAAAAAUACGCGAAAUCCAGUUAAAUCUUCAGCUGGGGUUCAAUAUGGACAAUGUUCAGUGGGUUAAGGACUUAAAUAAAUUUUUUCCCAGCCUAAGAAGUUCGAUUGUAUAUGUUCAAGAUCCUAAGUAUCAUCCAUUUAAUGAAAAUCUAAAACUUUACAAGGGUGAUACGCUGGUAAUUGAAGGAGAAAUGUUAAAUGUUGCUGCAGAUGAAUCAGAUGUUAUAGUUACCAUAGGAACGGCACAAUGCAAUGUAACCAGCCUAACGCUUACCCAAUUAUUGUGUACCCCACCUGAAAAACAACCGGCACCAACAAAUGAAAAUGGUGUAGUACAAAUUAAUGAUUUACCCCUUGUUGUAGUGAAUGUCGGUCGCAACAUGCGCUUCGUAAUAGGUCACAUAAAGUAUGACCUACUUAAACCCUACACCUUUUCACACGCCAUGUGGGUCAUUGUUUUUACAAUUCUUAUUGUUGUUGUGCUCUUCAUAAUUGUUUUAUUCAUAUACCGACGAAAGACUACCCAUGCUGAGAGGGAAUAUAAACGCAUACAAAUUCAAAUGAUUACAUUGGAGAGUAACGUACGUUCGGAAUGUAAACAGGCAUUUGCAGAAUUACAAACGGAUAUGACAGAUUUAACUGCCGAUUUGGAAACAUCUGGUAUACCCACCUUAGAUCAUAUUAACUACAUCAUGAAAGUAUUUUUUCCAGGCGUAACAGAUCAUCCCAUAUUGAAUUCUCCAAAGUUACGCAUGAAUAGCCCACACACUAAUUAUGACACAGCCAUGUUACAAUUUGAGCAACUAAUUAGCAACAAAUAUUUUGUAUUAACUUUCAUCGAGACAUUGGAAGCCCAAAAAUCAUUCAAUAUACGAGACAAGGUCAAUGUUGCAUCUCUUUUAAUGAUUGUACUGAUGAACAAAAUGGAAUAUGCUACAGAAAUUUUAAAAUGUUUACUGUUACGUUUAGUUGACAAGUCGGUGUGUAGUAAGCAUCCACAAUUGAUGUUGCGCCGUACAGAAAGUGUCGUUGAAAAAAUGUUAACCAAUUACAUGGCUAUUUGCAUGUAUGAUUAUUUAAAGGAAUAUGCUGGAUCAAGCUUGUUUUUAUUGUUUAAAGCUAUUAAACAUCAAAUUGAAAAAGGUCUGGUUGACGCCAUAACCCACGAUGGCCGCUACUCGUUGUCAGAGGAGAGACUUUUGCAUGAACAAAUACCACAUUCAGUGGUUGUGUUGCACAUCGUACAAGAUGAUUUAGACGAAAAGGUGCAAUGUAAAGUUUUAGAUUGGGACACUAUAUCGCAAGUUAAAAGCAAAAUUUUGGAUGCCCUCUUUAAAAACACACCGUUUUCAAUGAGGCCAUCAGUGCAUGAAGUAGACUUAGAAUGGCGUCACGGUCGUGGUGGUCAUUUGAUACUGCAGGAUGAGGAUUUAACAACGAAAACCAUUAAUUGUUGGAAACGUUUGAAUACAUUAUCACACUAUGGUGUUAAGGAAUCGGCAGUUAUGAGUUUAGUUGCCAGACAAAACGAUGGUUUUAAUAUGCCGUAUACAAAACAACAACCCCACCCAUACAAUAAUUUUUAUUACAUCAAUAAUUCUCAAUCCCAUAUUAUAAUGAACGACAUUGAAUCCGGCCUACAACAACCGCGUGUUUAUCAUUUAAUAAAACCCUUAAUGCCCGAUCAUUAUAUGAACAUGAAGAAUUCAGCGAUAUCAUCGGGAGGAAUUAACACCAAUAAUCCGGGAUCAGCAUGUGCGAGUUCUGGUGACCGUACUCAUAAAACCAUACCUGAGGUUUAUUUAACACGACUGUUGGCAGCUAAAGGCACUAUACAAAAAUUCGUUGAUGAUUUUUUUGCCACAAUAUUGACAGUUAAUGAGGAAUUGCCUCCGGCGGUUAAAUGGUUAUUUGAUUUACUAGAUGAAGCCGCUCGAAGACACGACAUAUAUGAUACCGAUAUUGUUCACGCAUGGAAGUCAAACAGUUUACCUUUAAGAUUUUGGGUUAAUUUUAUAAAGAAUCCUGAUUUUAUAUUUGAUGUAAAUAAAACAGUUACAGUUGAUGCCAGUCUGAGUGGAAUUGCCCAAGCAUUUAUGGACGCUUGCUCAACUACUGAACAUAGGUUGGGUAAAGAUUCGCCCUCUAAUAAAUUAUUAUUUGCCAAGGAUAUUCCCCAAUAUCGUAAAAUGGUUAAACAAUUCUACCGAGAUGUGGCUAGAUUGCCGCAAAUUAGUGAUCAGGAAAUGAGUACUGCCAUGCAGCAAUUAUCUAUUCAACAAAAUGACGAAUUUGAUACUAUAGCAGCUCUAAAAGAGCUGUAUAUAUACGUUACCAAAUAUAAUGAUCAGAUAAUAAAUGCCUUAGAAAAUGAUAUAAAUUGUAAAAAAAUGCAUUUGGCAUAUAAAUUGGAAAAUGUGGCAUUUACUUUAGAAGGUGAAGAGACUUCUGCCUGCUGACACUCAUUGAAAUUGCAUGAAAUUAUACACACGGAUGAAGUUUUCCAAAAAUAUAAUAAUAUUGAACAUGAACGUAAUGUUUUAAAUAUGUCUUUUACAGCUGCGUUAUUAGAUUAUUCCAAAGCUCCCUUAAAGCUGCUUUCCACCUUUUAUCAUUUGGGAGUGCACGUGAUUUCAACAAAUGGAACUGGGGGGUUGAACGACUUAGAAUAUUUUAAUUAAAUACUCAUAUAUAUAUAUAUAUAUUUUAUGAGCUCCCAGAUGAAUAUUUGUAUUUUCGAAUCUUCAUUGUGAUAUUUUUUAUAAUUUCUUAUAUCUACUUAUAAAUAAUUUUCUCGAAGUUCAUGAUAUAUAAAUUAAGAUUUUGCUUUGAAAUCAACAUUUAUAACUACUUAUUUAUAUAUAAUAUAUGUAUAUUAAUGUUUUGAUGUAUUUAAGACAUUUCAUUUUAUGAAAUCAAUAAUAUGGCAGUUAACUCUAGAAGAAAAACAAAAAAUAGACUGUCAUCGUUACAGUUUUUCAUCACAUUUAAGAAAAAUAUACCAGUACAAGGGAUUUGUGUCAUUUUAAAUAUGGUAUGGUAGCACUUACAUACGAUAUCAUUCCUUGAACAAUAAAAAAUUUUAUACAAAUAAAGAGUUAUAAUUAUUUUAAUUAAAUAAAA